UCUCUUAUCCCCUCGUCCUCCGGUGUCACUUCCAAUUCACUUCCUCUGCUCUGCGCAAUGGAGCUAGGCCUCGCGCUCCGGCUAGCCGCGCCGCCGGCGCGCCUCCCCCGCCGCCGGUAUUCAACACCGCCGUGCGCGCCAGGACGGAGCGGUAUCUGCGCUGGGAGGCGCGAGAGUAGGGGGGCGGGGGCUGUGUCGACGAGUGGGGGUGUGAGCUAUGCGGUGGUUGAAGAUGAGGAGGGGGAGGAGGAGGAGAUGGCGAGGCCGCGGCUGGAGCUCAUCGAGAAGCCGGACCGGAGCCUGGCGCUGCUGGACGAGUACGAGUCGGAGGAGCUGGGGGCGGCGCUCUGCGCCAACCACCGCAGCGGUUAUGUUGCUGUGUUGGGGAAGCCGAAUGUCGGCAAGAGCACCCUGAUAAACCAAAUUGUGGGUCAGAAGCUUUCGAUCGUAACGGACAAGCCACAGACCACACGUCACCGCAUUCUUGGUAUAUGUUCGGAACCAGAAUACCAGAUAAUACUUUAUGACACGCCAGGCGUCAUUAAGAAGGAAAUGCACAAGCUAGACUCGAUGAUGAUGAAGAAUGUCCAGAGCGCUAUUGGCAAUGCGGACUGUGUGAUUGUCGUCGCUGAUGCUUCCAAACUGCCCGAAAAGAUAGAUGAUAUGCUGGAAGCGGGUGUGGGAAACAAAGAUACCAAGGUCCCUGUUGUGUUGGUACUCAACAAGAAAGAUAUGAUAAAACCCGGAGAAAUCGCAAAGAAACUCGAGUGGUACCAAAAAUUCACUGAUGUUGACGAUGUUAUACCUAUAAGUGCUAAAUUUGGUCAUGGAGUGGUUGAUAUCAAGGAGUGGAUAUUGUCAAAGCUUCCACUGGGUCCUGCCUACUACCCCAAGGACAUAGCUAGUGAACACCCCGAGAGAUUUUUUGUGGGGGAAAUAGUGAGGGAAAAGAUUUUUCUUCAAUAUAGGCAGGAAAUUCCAUACGCAUGCCAGGUUAAUGUUACAAGUUACAAAAGCAGGCCUAGUGCCAAGGAUUUUAUUCAAGUUGAGAUACUUGUUGAGAGGGAAUCACAAAGAAGCAUUAUACUUGGGAAGGAUGGGAAAGCUAUAAAGACGUUGGCAACAGCAUCAAGGCUUGACAUUGAAGAUUUCCUUCAAAAGAAGGUUUAUCUUGAGAUAGAUGUGAAGGUGAAGGAAAACUGGCGGCAAGAUGAACGGCUUUUGAAACGUUACGGCUAUGGUGGGGAGAUUCAAGCGCUAUAAAUACAAGCAUGGCACAUUGCUUAUCAGGUCGUGGGAGUAGGAAAUAGCCCGGGUUUUUUACUUUUCUUUUCUUCUUCCCCUGUUGAGUUGAGGUAUUUAGGUGCUGAAAUGCAGGUUGAAUUAGAUCAGUUAUUAGUCAGGAACUCUUACCAAAUUUUGAUGUAGACAUCUGGUGUACUAUGGAAUAGCUGUUUCUACAUCCAAAUCAUAUUUCAGCUC